AUGAUUAAGAGAUUUCAAUUUCCAGUCCUGAAGACUUACUGGCCAUUCUUCGCCGCUGGUGCAGUUGUGUACUAUGGUGUCAGCAAAGCCGCCACUGCCAUGUCCAACAGUGAAGAAUUUAUCAAUGAUCCAAGAAACCCACGUUUCCACAGAGGUGAGAAGCCUUUGUAA